AAAUGAUAGUACACUGUACACUGUACAGAAUAUAAAAAUACUGUGGUUAAAUAUUGCGUACUACGACCGUGGUUAAAUAUUGAAAAUUAUCAAUAGAUUUUGGGAACCUCUGAAGCCUUGAUUCUCUUAUCAAAUAUUGCUUGCGGAACAUACAUCUUAUUAUCUCAAAUUCUUUAAUUGGAAUUGAUAAUACAUAAUAUAAUUAUACUUUAUGGAAACUAUGAUCAAUUUAAUUAUACAUACAAUUCGGAGAUCCAUGUAAAACUUUUUUGUUUUAAACUUAAAAUUACUAUUCGAUACCUGGUGACAACUGAUAUUCGAUUUACUUUUAUUUCAUACUACAAUGUACAAUACACCGUAUAAUUAAUGUUCGAAACGGUUUUAAAGUUUGUUUUACUUGAUAUUUGCUGUCUGUUGCUAACUAAUACGUUUAACAUUUUAUUACUAAGCACUAAAUAAAACUAUAUAUUUAACGCAUUUUAAUGCUCUAAGACUUAAGUAUUUAAAAUUUUUGCUAAUAUUAUUCUUAUCAAAAUGUUGCCUUCUAAAGGAUAUUUUAAGUCUCUUGAAUGUCCUUAUUACACGGAAUCAUUUUGCGAUCGACCAUAUUGCCACUUCAAGCAUAGUAGACAAGACUUUUUAUCUGAUUCAAAAUGUCAAAUUGCCACUGAAUCGAAAAACAAGCCUGUUGUCAGUAUAACUGAUGAACCAAAGGUUAAAUCAAAGUUGCCUGAAGAACCAAGAUUAAAACAAAAGGUAAAGUCUAAAAUUAUUGAAUAUAUACCUCAACCUAUUAAGCCAAAGAAUUCUGAAUUAGGUGUAAAAUAUUCUACUUAUGGAUCAACUACUGAAAUGAGUAAAAUAGACAGUCCUAUACUUGAAUAUAUACCUUCAUGUGUCAAUGAUACAAAUUUAGAUUUUAAACUUGAAAAUUUUAAAAGUAAUAAUGAAUUAAAUGGAAAAGAGGAGCAAACAAAGUCAAUUAACUAUAUUGAAGGAAUUUCAACAACCUAUAAUAUUAGUACAAAGCAGAAUACCAAUAUUUCAGAAUAUAUACCUACUGUUAUUGAAAAACUUUCAGAUAAAACUAAUAAUACUGAAGAUAAAAAUCACCAUGAACACAGAUCAUCUUCAAAACGUAAACACGAGUCUUCAAAAAAAUCUUCAAGUAGAUCUAAAAAACCUAAAAGAGAUAAAUCUUCAGAACAUAAAAAAGAUAAAAAAGACCGAGAUAAGGAGAAAAAAUGUGAAAAAAAACAUUCAAGAGAUAAAAGUAAUGAGAGUAUUAAUCUCAACAAAAUAAAUACAUCUACCAUUUCUUCUGGCCCAAAGUCUUUAAGGGAAACAGUUAUGGAAAAGGUACAGAAAAAGUUGGUUAAACUUGAUCCUUUACAAUCUGAUAUCCACAGUUCAAGUGAUGAAGGAAAUGAUCCAUCAACUUCAUUAAUUGAAUCAAGUUUAAACGAAUUUUUUGGUUCAGACGAUUCUGAUAGUGAGCAGAAAUCAUGUAAUGUUGUAGCAGCUAAAGUAAAAAAACGAAUAUCUCAUAUUUCCCCAACAAGCAUAUUUGCACAAAUUAAUGCGAAAACAGUUUUGAGACCAAAAACUACAAAGUCACUUCAUGAAAUAGUAGCAAACAGAGUACUAUCUAUUCAAAAUAAUGCUAUUGAAGGUCGCUCAAGUAUUACUACUAAAAAUUUAAAUAGCGAUCCUAGUUUACCAUUGUUAAAGACUAAAACACGUAUUGCCCAUCAGUCAAAAAUUGAACCAAGUACUACAGAAACUCAAACAUCAAAUAAUUCAGGUACAGUGAACAAAGAAAUAACUGCAAAUAUAAAAUUGAAUUUGAGAAUAAAAUCGUUUAAAACUAGUAACAAUAUGCCAAAUCCUUUACGCCAAAGCUGUUUAGAGAAACUCUACACAGCUUUCAGCAAUCAUUAUUCAUCUGAAGAAGCAAUUAAUAAAGCUCAUACAACUGAAGAAGAAGUUCACAGUAAAGCAAAAUCAUCAGGAAUUUAUAGAAAUCUUAUUGUUCAAUCUUUAAUGAAAGCUAAUAAAUCACCUCAAUUACAAGUUAAAAGUAAUCCCUAUUACCCUUCACACAUGCAUGGUGUAUGUCUAUAUGAUUUAUUAAAGAAAUACAUUCUAACAAAAGAUGAUUUGGAAAAAAAUGGUUAUCCACUAAUAGAUGAUAAUAAGUUGGUAUUUAUUUCUAAAAAUGCCUAUUACUAUCGACCACUUUCUAAAAAACGCAAUGGUGAUAAAUUUGUGUGUAUGAAUUGUAGAAGUGAGUUUGAAGUUGAUAAGCGUGGUAUGCCUAUAGUUACAUUAACCAAAUGCACUUAUCAUUCAGGCAAGUUAAAAUUUGAAAGAGCAAAAAAUGAAAAAUUUUGGUUAUGUUGCUACAAACGACAACACGAAUCUGGUUGUGAAUCAAGUAUUUAUCACAUGCCUGAUAAGUUUGAUGAAGAUGCCUUGGAGAAUUUUGUUGUGACUAAAAGUAAAAAAUCUGAUAAAAAUUCUGAAGUACCCAAUUUUUAUGCUUUAGAUUGUGAAAUGGUUAAUACAACAUUUGGUAUUGAAAUUGUUCGAGUCACAGUCAUCAAUCACGAAGGAGAAGAAGUGUAUGAAUCCAAAGUGAAACCUUUUAAUACUAUACUUGAUUAUAAAUCUAAAUACAGUGGAAUAACUGAGGAAUCAUUAAGAUAUUGUACAAAGAGAUUGUCUGACGUUCAACAAGAUUUGUUGAAGAUAUUUGAUAAAGAUUCAAUUUUAAUUGGUCAUAGUUUAGAAAGUGAUUUAAAAGCAUUAAAAAUGGUUCAUUACAAUGUAGUAGAUACUAGCAUUAUAUAUCCCCAUAAAUAUGGACCUCCAUAUAAGUGGGGUUUGAAGUUAUUGGCUGAACAGCAUUUACAAAGAAUUAUUCAAAGUGAAGAGGGUCAUGACAGCAAGGAAGAUGCUUUAGCUUCACUGGAUUUAGUUUGGAAGAAGUUAAAGGAGGAUGUGAAGAAAUUCAAACCAAUUAAUAUAAUUAGUAUAGAUAAAAGAUAGUUGGUGAAAUUCACUAAAAUUGUUUUUAUGAUGGAUUUUACAUUAAAUAUGGCCUUAAAAAUAAUGUGAUCUCAAUAUAAUUUAAUUUUAUACUAAAAUGUAUGAUACUUAUGAGCAAUAAUGUAAGGAAGAAUACUCAGUAUUAUUUACUGGAGGUUAUAUUUUUAAAUUAUAAAUAUGUUAAUAUUAGUCAAACAUUUAACUUUAAAUAAAUAAGGUGGACAGUUUCUAUUUAAUAAAACCAGGUAAAAAUUUUGGUUUGUACCUUUAUAUA